AAGGCUAAUCACGAACCGGAUCAGCCAUUCAAAAUGGCGGCGUCCACGACGAAUGCACGAGACAGUCAGAUCGUCGCUGCGUAGUUGAUUAAGACGCUCCAACAAUACACUGUAGAGGGAGUAAUUAUGUUUCGAAGAAUUUACGGACGCUUGAAUUUGAUGUCAAGAUGGCGAGGCCUGUCAGAUAAUUUGACAUUAACCGAGGGAGAGCAAAAACUGAAGGGUAUUCUGGAAGCAAGGUUUCCUAAAGCUACGCUGAUCCAAGUUCAAGACAUAUCAGGUGGAUGUGGGGCAAUGUACCAGGUCAACAUUGAAUCGGACGACUUUGCAGGCAAGAGAACCCUACAGCAGCACCGCAUGGUCACCCAGGUAUUAGCCGAAGAAGUGAAGCAGAUGCAUGGGUUGAGAAUUUCCACCUCCGUCCCAGAAAAGAAUGAUGCAAGUACCAGGUGAUAAUAUAAAAAGCCUGUAAGUGGUUUCCUGAAAGAAAUAUCCCGGGAAGUGUGUGGGGAAAAUAUUAACCUCAACAGGCAUGCACGGAUGUUUAUGUGGUCCUGAUGGAAAGGAUACUGUGUUUUGGAAUUGGCAUCGUUUGGCACUAACUGCCUUCAAAUGUGCUAAUGUUACAAUAUGUGAACGUGGAAAACAAGUUCACACUUCUCAUAUUUGUCAUUUUUUCUUUUUUUUAUACUAAGGAUUUCUGGUAGAGUCAGCCUAGACAAACACUGCAUCAGGUUUUUAUUUGGAACCAGAGUCAUGUUCCUUUGUUUAAUGUGAACUGACGACUGGUUUCCAUGGUCCUCCCUCAAGGCCCCUUGAUAACACCAGCACCUGCUCCAUUUACAUAAGUGUUCAUGCAAACAGGUGUUCAUUUCUGGUCAAAGGAAGUCUCAACAUUUGAUGCAAAAUAUGGGACAGAGAGACCCCCCCCCUUUGUGAUAGUCAUUAUUUAACCAAACCUCAGGAAUUUCUUUUCAGACAUCAAAGGGGGAUGUGUUAGGUAACAAUAGUCUGGAGUGUCUCUAGGGUCUGUCCCAUAUCUUGCCAGAUAUAAGUUUCAGUGGCUGGUGGUUUGUUUUUCUGGACUGUGGGGUUAUGAAUUGCACCAGCUGGGUUUAGGUUCAGUUGCCCAGCUGCAUUGUGGGUAGGAACUCUGGCGAAGGGAGGGGGGUAGCAGGGACCAUCCCCCAACAAACAUUUAAGAAAAAGAAUAAAUUAUGUAAGAAAGGCCACGAGGGGAUUUAUUUUAUUUCCCUUUCUUCCAAAAUCAUAUAAAAAUACCACAAAAGGUAGCCUCACCCCUUUAAAAGACAAUCACAAAUACCUCAGACGGUUUCCCUAUUCAACAAAACAUAACAUGAACAUAUGAUAAUGACCGCUACAUAAAGAACCCUCUGACAGUUUAAUCCAACCCUAAUGGUCAAGAGUCUGUGUGAAGCGCAGCAUGCAGAACUUGCCACACACGCCCCAAGUCCAUAUAUGGAGGUUCUUCUGGAUAUCUUGUACAAGGAAUAUACAAUAAAAUGGACAUGGGUGUUUGGGAAAAUGAAAGUAAAAUUCUUAAACAAAAUCAUUGGAAAUCUGUUAUAUAUUAACUUCUUUUGACUCUGACUAAAAAAAGGUAUGUAUGAGCAGGGAUAAACGUGCAUUUAAGACCGGCCAAGCACUUAUCAAAGGCUACAUGAAAUAUUCAAAUUUUCAUGCCCCUCCUUUUUGACUCUCAAAAAAAGUGUGGUUCUGGAUUCACCCUUGUGUAGGGAUCAACAGGAAAUUUUUGUCAACUUAAGUCAGCCCAUGGAUUUUUUUGCUCCAAUCAUAUCCAGUAGCUGUAUAUGGGAUGUGACGACCGUACUCACUACCUAUUAAUUUGGAAAGUCCUAAAGCUUAAUACAGACUAAAAUUAAGUCGCUUGGGUGUCAGUUCCCACUUCGGUUUGAAUCAUGCAUCGCAAAUCCUGUUUUGAAUGUCAUUCCAGUGUAUUUAUACCAUGACUGUCAUUUUAGCAUUAUGUAUUCCAUGGCAUGCCAGUUUGUAUGCAGUACUGGUAAUUUUUAUCCACAUCUGUUGAAAAACAGGGAGUUCGCUGUUGAAAUUCUGUGACAUACCAGUCACGAGUUCUCAUCUUUCAAGGUUCCAAGCUCAUGGGUAUGCGGUUAAAAUACAUGAGAUAUGAAUGAGAGAAAGACCUUUAUUUGGAUUAGUCAGAAGAGCCGUGAGGCCCUUCAGCAAACAUCACAAAUGCAUCACAAAAAAGGGCCAAGAAGAACACUCAAAUUUAUAGCUGAAUUUAUAUUAUCCUAUUAUUUAAUUAAAAUCAGAAAUUCAAAGUUCACCUGAGAGAUGUUUUUGUCAGAAUCUGAUCUACAAAAUGUAGUAAAACACAUAAAAACCCUGUGUAUGUGGUGGAACAAAUUUACAGUGUAAUGGGUUCUUGUUAUUCCUAGCUUACCCAUGUUACAUUGAUUUGGGGAGGCUAAGAGGUCAAUAUCAGUUUGGACGUUUUACUUCUAUGAGGACAGCAAACGUUACUUCAGUUUAACAGUGUAGUUUUAACAAAGUUUUAACUUGUAACAGUGUGAUAAUUUUGAAUGAAAACAAAAAUUAAUAAAUUCUAUUGUUGUUGGUCUGGUCGUGUUGAAUGUGUACAGGAUAAAGUGAUAUGUUUUAGUAAUUUAAUUUAAA